AUGGGCGUCACACCUCAAUCCAGCACAAGGGGGAGCAGGCCCCCCGUCUGCUCCCUCGAGAGCGUGAAUCACUCGCGCCUCCUCUCCCAGGAGCCCAGAGAGGUUCAGAAGCUUCUUCGCUGCUGCCAGUCGUCGCGCUUCUUCUACCUGGACCUGCAGGAUAUCGAUGGACGACGGGUCGUGGGUGAUAAAAGGUUAUUCGAUCGUCCGAUUCCGGACAAGAUGGGUGCUGGACACUUCUUUGCAGAAACAGAAGAAAUUACUCCAAAAACCGCACAAUGCCUAUUGGAUCCGGUGCAAACGUCAAAAAACCUAUGUGGGUUGUUUUCAAAAGCUUCGGAGCAAAGCUCUAAGAAGAAUGCAGAGUGA